CAUGAUUAUAUGCAGGUCUACCGCAUCAAAAGUCUGUCUUUUGUCUCGUGUAUUAUGUAGCUACCGUGUCAUACAUGGACAUGAUCGUCUACGAUCUAGCAAAUGGGUGCGACGCGCAUUAUUCUCCCAUAACAGCCAUAGCGUCAACAUUCCAGUUGGAAACAACGGUUCCAUAGCACUCAAAAUAACCCUACCUAACUCUAACUCACUGACAAAACCACCCAAUGAGCGCGUUAUUAUCAACCUUCCUGCAGGCCCAAUCUUCAACAUACCCCAUUCUCUACCAUCUGGAGAUGCUAUCCCCCAGGCAGCUGACAGUGACGAAAAUGCACCCACUGCAGAAGCCGAGCGACUGUCACAAAUAGCGUCCUUCACGUCCUCGACAAUAGUAACAGUUAACUACCGCCUGGGUAUUUCCCCAGCCACUCCCAACGAACUAACCCUCAACCAAAACCCAUACAAAUACCCUACACCCAUCCAUGACACGCUUGCCGGGUUCGACUGGGUCCUGCAGACCCUUCAGCCCCAGCGCCUAGGAAUCCUAGGUAUGCACAUCGGCGGCUCGCUCGCACUUAUGCUUUCCCUCACAGAAGCACGAUCCAUCCACGCAGUAGCGGCCAUUGACCCAAUUUGCAACUGGACAUCGCUUGAUGAGCAUUGCAUUCAACAACCGCCCUCCAAUGAUGCUGAUGGAAAUGUCCCAAGCAGCAGCAGUAGCAGAAAAGGCCCCCGCGGAGGAGGAACUGCGCCCCACGACCUUAUUCCUCUUCUUAAAGCAAGAAAGGAAUACUUUUCCACUCCCGAGAGAUAUUUCGACGCAUUUGCGUCGCCAUUGCUAUUUCUUCGCUCGCCAGGGAAGAAUGUUCCUCGUUUCUUUCCGGAGUAUCUUACCGGCCCGGAGUACCCGAUCCCUGUUUUGAAGGCGAGAGAAAGUGUAUCCACGGAGGAUGAUCUCAUCGAUUAUUUCUGGGACGUGUAUAUCGGGGAAGAGGAUAGCAUGAGUGAGUCAGAGUCUACGGGCAGUGAGACGAAACGAAGUCCUCCUCGUCGGCGAAAGGCGCUCUCCCGAUGGCCUCCUUUCGGUCUCGAUUACGGGAAUAGUGGUCCGGCGUGGCAGAGUCCUAGCCAUGGGGUUAAGCGGCUGGAAAUGGAACUCCCUUGGGUGAGAAUAUUUACUCAAGCUGUGCCUGAAUCUGAGGACCAAAACGGCAACUCGGAAGGGAGGCAGCACAAAGGGUCCUCUACAAAGAGAAAUAAAACGCCCAGUGUGUUGUUACAGCAGGCCCAUGACAUGGUCGAUGUCAUGCGAAGAUCUUGCUUUUGGGGGCGUGAAAAGGGAUACAGCGAGAGGAGAGUGACUCUCACUCGGUACUCGCAGGAUGAAAGGGAAUUGGCGGGCCUCUGGUUACGGGAAAAGACGUCGGAUUGAAGACGUAGUAUACUCCUUGCUACGCUGGAUAUAUAGGGCGAUAAAAU